ACGCUUGAAAAUAGUACUUGUAUUUGUAAAGUCUGUGAUAAAGAUAAAGGUGUUGUAGGUAAAUGGGGUUCACUUAUAUUGUUAAUGUCUAUAACGUGCCACUUUGAACAAAAACAUCUAAAUACUUUUAAAGUAUUUGGAAAAUCUGCUACAAAACUUGUUCACUAUUCUCUGUAUUCAAUUGCUGAUAAGAAUCAC